AAAACUUUAUACUACCACGCAACUUUAUACAACUGCGCAACUCUCUAUAACCGUGCAUUUCUAUAUAACCACGUAAUUCUGUAUAACCGCGCAAUUUUAUAUAAUCGCGCAACUUUAUAUAUAACUGCGCAACUCUAUAAAACCGCGCAACUUUAUAUAACCGAGCAAAUCUAUACAAUCACGCAAUUCUAUAACCCAAUAUAA